UUUUUUCCUUAUAGUCAUUGUUAUCGAUUGCUUGCCCAAGCAAAACAUGUUUCGUCGAUCAAAAGUCACGCGCCAACCAUACACUCGCUCAGAAGACAGCAAACAGCAUUAUACCUUCUUAAGGAGAGUGCCUUCACACUUGCUUCAAAGGCGCGUGCAGUAGAAUUCGACCUUUCCUAUGGUGGGUAGAGACGGCCAGGUUUGCCACGCCAGCUGACUGCGGAUGUUGGUUGAAAACUUGAAAUGAAUGUCUAGAACUAGAAGUUGAUAGAAUAACUGAAAAAUGGAAAAAAUACUGUAUAUGUUUGAGACUUUUUGAGUAUUGUUGUUGGAUUUGAGAGUACUUGCAUUAUUACCCACAUUGCUCUCUUACUUACUUUUCAUGUCUCUCUCUCUGCCACACAGACACGCACAUUUGGGCUUUGCUUUUACAUUGUUGUUUACUUGUUUUUUAGCUAGUUGUUCACUAACCCAGAUGUGACUUUACACCAAUUACUCACAAUUUUUGUUUUCUGGGUAUCAAUCUUUUGGCUUCUUUUUCAGCUGUUGUUGUGUGUUGUAAAAAAAAUAGUAAUAAUAAAAAGAGUGGGUUGGAGAGCGCUUGCUUUUUAUUUUAAUUUGCUUUUUGAUGAUUUUGUACUGCAUUUGGAUGAGUUGGGAAGAUGGGUUUUUUUCUAUGACCCGUUAAUAAAUCUGAAAUUUGCUUGGCAUUGGAGUAAAAGAUGAAGGACUUUCCUGGUACACCUGGGACUUUGACUGGGCUUGUUUUGAGGAUUUCACAGUGCAUUUUUGCUGUUGGAUCAAUUGCUACUAUGGCUACCACCCACAAUUUCUUUAAUUUCACAGCUUUCUGCUACCUUAUUGCUUCAAUGGGUUUGCAAUUCAUCUGGAGCUUUGUGCUUGCUGUAUUAGAUGCAUAUGCUUUUGUGAGAAAGAAGGCCCUGCAUAAUCCUGUUUUGGUUAGCCUCUUUGUGGUUGGAGACUGGGUGACAGCAACACUGUCUCUUGCAGCAGCUUCUGCCUCAGCUGGCAUUACAGUGUUGUAUCUCAAUGACUUGAAAAGCUGCAAUUUAGGAGUAGAAUGCCAGAAGUAUCAGAUGUCAGUUGCCUUGGCCUACCUAAGCUGGGUAACAAUUGCAAUUUCAUCUCUAAUUAUGCUUUGGCUGUUAGCUGCUGGUUAGACAUUUUGUUGUAUAUAUGCCACUGGAUUUUCAAUCUUACAGGAAUUUUGAUCUGUCUAUGAUGUUGAUAAAAAAAAGGAAACCAAGAACUAAAUUACAAUACUCAACAAUUGAGUUCAUCUUUUA